UUCACCUUAUAACUCCGCGCAGAUGAAAUCAGAAUUAUCAAAGAAGAUGGGUGAUAAGAAAGCUGCAGUGAAUCCUCGUUUAAUAAGUCGUGAAUUUGAAGUGCUGGACGAAUUCCAGAAGAAGGUUUUAGGUUGUCUUGCUGCGAUAUGCGCUAUCACACUAGCCAUAACACCUGCUCUGGCGUUCAUACCAAAAGGUCAUAGACCGAUUCGGAUAGCGGCUACAAUAAUUUUUGUCGUGCUGUGGAUUGUUGAAAUGGCGGUAAUUUUUUUGCUAUUCGCAUCAGACUCAAUAAGGAAACGUUUUCCUGUGAAUUUGUUGUUGACGAUGUUACAUUCCGCUUGCGUCACCGUAAUAACAGAAGUCCCAUUGGCUGGGAGAGACUACAGAUGGGUAUUGGGUGCGAUGGCGAUAGCUGUGGUUCUCUUCAUCAUAUGCAUAUCGAUAGGUGCAACGUUGAAAAGUCAACUGAAUUUGGGCACCCCAGCAAUGGUGAUAGGCUACAUUGUCUUCUCAGUCAUAAUCGGCAUUGUUACACUUGCGGUUUACUUUGGGACCAGAUACUACAUGCAGUCACUGAUGAUUACGGCAGGAGGUAUGACAAUUUUAGUAAUCCCUAUGGCCAUAUAUGCCGGUCAGUCAACAAUUGGCGCAAGUCAAUUCAGAGAGUAUGAUGAAGAUUACUGUUCAGCUGCAAUGGUUUUACAUGCCGCUCUUGUCAUCUUUCUGGUUACACUCAGCCUUGGAGUGAUAAAUGUACCCGAGAAAAGAAAUAUUAUGUUAGCAGGACUGACUGAACCAAUUUCCUGUUUUUCAGUAUAAAAGCAUUACAGUAUGAAAUUGUGCAUUUUAUGAUCAACUGUCUACAACCACAUUUCAUACUGUUGUGUUCAUGAUUUGUAAUCCGAUUAAAUAAAUAAAUUUACUUUUUACACAAAAGGCGUG